UUCUAGCAGGCUUUCGGCUGUAGAAACCUUUCGCUUUGAAAAGCUUCCAGGACCUCCAGUUUGGAACUUCACUCUAUCCCUACAAUGGCAGCCAUCGGAAACCGUGGAACAGUGACUGAGGCGUCCGGCUUCAACCCCGAUGACGACGCCCAGAAGCUGAGGGAAGCCAUGAAAGGAGCUGGCACCGAUGAAGCAGCCAUCAUCAAGGUCCUUGCACACCGCACUAUCGCUCAAAGGCAGCGCAUCAAACUGGCAUACAAGCAAAGUGUUGGCAAGGACCUGGCUGAGGAUCUGUCAUCAGAGCUGAGUGGACACUUCCAGAGUGUGGUUCUGGGUCUGCUAAUGCCUGCGCCUGUGUAUGAUGCCUAUGAGCUGAAGGCUGCUAUGAAGGGGGCUGGAACAGAGGAGGCCUGUCUCAUCGAUAUUCUGGCUUCACGGUCUAACAGUGAAAUGAAUGCCAUUAAUGAGGUCUACAAGAAAGAAUAUGGAAAGACCCUGGAGGAUGCUGUGUGUGGGGACACAUCUGGAAUGUUUCAACGGGUUCUGGUCUCGUUGCUCACGGCUGGACGGGAUGAAAGCGACAAAGUGGAUGAAGCCCAGGCUGUGAAAGAUGCCAAGGAUAUCUUUGAGGCUGGAGAGGCCCGAUGGGGCACAGAUGAGGUGAAAUUCCUCACGGUGCUGUGUGUGAGGAACCGAAACCAUCUGCUGCGAGUGUUUGAUGAGUAUAAGAAGAUUUCUAAGAGAGACAUUGAGGACAGCAUCAAGAGGGAGAUGUCCGGCAGCCUGGAGGACGUUUUUCUGGCCAUAGUGAAAUGCCUGAGGAGCAAGCCAGCGUUUUUUGCAGAGCGAUUAUAUAAAUCCAUGAAGGGCUUGGGCACCACAGACAGUGUCCUCAUAAGAAUAAUGGUGUCCAGGGCCGAGAUUGACAUGCUGGACAUUAAGGAACACUUCCUGAAGACGUAUGGAAAGUCUCUACACUCUUUCAUCAAGGGUGACACGUCUGGGGAUUACCGUAAAAUCCUGCUGGAACUGUGCGGAGGCGAGUAAAGGGGGAAAAAACACAACAGCUUUCAGAGCAGUCUUUGCUCUUGAAAUCAGUCUCUUUUUUUAUGUUUUCUGCUUAAAAAACAUAACACAUUGGGUUGUUUUACACUUUGCAAUACUAAUUAAACCAAAUGCCUGUGACAAUUUACA